AUGAGCCUUAUGAUCAUGAAGUGUGCCAUUCUAGAACCCUUCAAGGACACUUUGUUUGAAGAGGCUACUACAACAAGAAUUUUUCUUGAAGAAUUUGAGAAAAAGUUUACUAAGAAUGAUAAGGUCAAAACAAGUACGAUCUUAAUAAAACUUAUCUCUAUGAAGUAUAAAGGCAAGAAAAAUAUAAGAGAGUAUAUUCUUGAGAUGUCUCAUCUUACAUCAAAACUAAAGGCACUAAAGUUAGAGCUAUUGGAAGAUUUACUUGUGCACUUAGUUUUGAUUUUUCUUCCUACACAAUUCAGUCAAUUUAAGGUGAGCUAUAAUUGUCAAAAAGACAAAUGGUCCCUAAAUGAGUUCAUUUGGCCAUGA